UCACCUAACGUGAAUGUGACUUGACAUAUCAUAGUGUGUAUACUCGAGAUCCUAAUUAUCUCAAUUUGUUCAUUAUUGUAAUGGAGAAUAGUAAUCUCCACAGUCCUGAAUAUCUGGAAAUGGCAUUGCCACUAUUUUGCAAAGCUAUGUGUAAGCUACCCCUUGAAGCUCAAGGAAAACUGAUUAGACUUUGGUCUAAAUACAAUGCAGACCAGAUUCGGAGAAUGAUGGAAACAUUUCAGCAACUUAUUACUUACAAAGUCAUAAGCAAUGAAUUUAAUAGCCGAAAUCUAGUGAAUGACGACGAUGCCAUUGUUGCUGCUUCAAAGUGUUUGAAAAUGGUUUACUAUGCAAAUGUAGUGGGAGGGGAAGUAGACACAAAUCAUAAUGAGGAAGAUGAUGAGGAGCCCAUACCCGAGUCCAGCGAAUUGACACUUCAGGAGCUUUUGGGAGAGGAAAGAAGAAAUAAGAAAGGUCCUCGAGUGGAUCCACUAGAAACUGAACUUGGCGUUAAAACUCUAGAUUGUCGAAAACCACUUAUCUCCUUUGAAGAAUUCAUUAAUGAACCACUGAAUGAUGUUCUAGAAAUGGAUAAAGAUUAUACUUUUUUCAAAGUUGAAACAGAGAACAAAUUCUCUUUUAUGACAUGUCCCUUUAUAUUGAAUGCUGUCACAAAGAAUUUGGGAUUAUAUUAUGACAAUAGAAUUCGCAUGUACAGUGAACGAAGAAUCACUGUUCUCUACAGCCUAGUUCAAGGACAGCAGUUGAAUCCCUAUUUGAGACUCAAAGUCAGACGUGACCAUAUCAUAGAUGAUGCGCUGGUCCGGCUAGAGAUGAUUGCUAUGGAAAAUCCUGCAGACUUGAAGAAGCAGUUGUAUGUGGAAUUUGAAGGAGAACAAGGGGUAGAUGAAGGAGGCGUUUCCAAAGAAUUUUUUCAGUUGGUUGUGGAGGAAAUCUUUAAUCCAGAUAUUGGUAUGUUCACAUAUGAUGAAGCUACAAAAUUAUUUUGGUUCAAUCCAUCCUCUUUUGAAACGGAGGGUCAAUUUACUCUGAUUGGCAUAGUCCUGGGUCUGGCUAUUUACAAUAACUGUAUACUGGAUGUCCAUUUUCCCAUGGUUGUCUACAGGAAGCUAAUGGGGAAAAAAGGAACCUUUCGUGACUUAGGAGACUCUCAUCCAGUUUUAUAUCAGAGUUUAAAGGAUUUGUUGGAAUAUGAAGGGAAUGUGGAAGAUGAUAUGAUGAUUACUUUCCAGAUAUCACAGACAGAUCUUUUUGGUAACCCAAUGAUGUAUGAUCUAAAGGAAAAUGGUGAUAAAAUUCCAAUUACAAAUGAAAACAGGAAGGAAUUUGUCAAUCUUUAUUCAGACUACAUUCUCAAUAAAUCAGUAGAAAAACAGUUCAAGGCAUUUCGAAGAGGUUUUCAUAUGGUGACUAAUGAAUCUCCCUUAAAGUACUUAUUCAGACCAGAAGAAAUUGAAUUACUUAUAUGUGGAAGCCGGAAUCUAGAUUUCCAGGCACUAGAAGAAACUACAGAGUAUGACGGUGGCUAUACCAGAGAAUCUGUUGUGAUUAGGGAGUUCUGGGAAGUUGUUCAUUCGUUUACAAAUGAACAGAAAAGACUCUUCUUGCAGUUUACCACAGGCACAGACAGAGCACCUGUUGGAGGACUGGGUAAAUUGAAGAUGAUUAUAGCCAAAAAUGGCCCAGACACAGAAAGGUUACCUACAUCUCAUACUUGCUUUAAUGUCCUUUUACUUCCGGAAUAUUCAAACAAAGAAAAACUUAAAGAGAGAUUGUUGAAGGCCAUCACAUAUGCCAAAGGAUUUGGCAUGCUGUAAACAAAUAAGAAAAGAAAGAAAGAAAGAAAGAAAAGGAAAGAAAAAAGAAAAAGAUUUUAAAACGUAAUAAAUAUAAUAGGAGGGAUAAUUUGGUGGUGAUAGUGUCCCAGUACAAAAAGGCUGUAAGAUAGUGAACCACAGUAGUCAUGUAUGUCUGUGCCUCCCUUCUUCCUUGGGGACAUUGCGGGCUGGAACAGCAGAUUUCAGCUACAUAUAUGAACAAAUCCUUUAUUAUAAUUAUUUUUUUGCGUGAAAGUGUUACAUAUUCUUUCACUUGUAUGUACAGAGAGGUUUUUCUGAAUAUUUAUUUUAAGGGUUAAAUCACUUUUGCUUGUGUUUAUUACUGCUUAAGGUUGAGCCUUUUUGAGUAUUUAAAAUAUAUAUACCAACAAAACUACUCUCGCAAGGAAAACAUUGCCACCAUUUGUAGACCAUGUAAUCUUCAAGUAUGUGCUUUUUUUUUUUUUUUUUUUUUUUGUCCCUGUAU